CAUGUCUCGUCCAUGAAAAGUCCAUCGCAAACGUUGGUGUGUGCCGUUUUGGCGGAAUAGGACAAUGGGAUCGAAUUUCGAGGCACUGGCUGGUCAUGGCGAGAUUAAAUAUGAAGAUGAGCUCGACACAUUUGCAGAUGACAACCUGUCGCUCAAGAAUGCUCUGAUCAUUCACAACAUGACGGUUCUGGCCGAUUGCGGCAUUACCUUGGACCUGAAUGAAGCUAUCGGCAAGUUUGGCAAUGCGAUUUACGAACCAAAGGAUUUCAAUUGUCUCAGACUAGAUGUCAGAGUGAAAAGGGAGUAUGACGCCUAUUCACGUUUGUCCAACUCCAAAGGUUUCAAGGACAUCGAAUCUGUCUCCGUAGUUGAGGCCACCAGGCUCUCAAAUCUGCCCACCCGCAUGAGGAACGCCCACUUUAACAACAUAGAAAGCUGCAGCAUCCACAGGGGAUGCUAUGGCGACCGCGCUCAGACGAGUUCCAAGAAUCACUUUGACGUUUAUACAUCGCUAAAGGUAUCGGUAUUCUCGAAUGGAAAGCUCUCGGUGACUGGCGCUCGUAGUCUACUCUCUGCAUCUGUUGCGCUGGAAAAGGUUUGCAGGGCCAUUAGGAGGAGAAUAAACACCAGGGCAAAGCUACGAAACAUUACAUGCACAAACAUGCUGGUUGUGUACAACUUUUCUCAUCACGUGGUCCUACAACUAUUUGAAAAGGCAUGCAAAGGUUCAAUUUAUGACCCGAACAGAUUCUCUGGCGUGAGGGUAAAGAUACCAAUAAAGUCCCUGCCAAUCUACUAUACACUGCUCCAAGUGUUUAGACUCUGUAGCUUCAAGGGAAAAUACACGGAGGAAGAAAACGACCCAGAGGAAGAGGACGAAUUUGCGGAUUCAGAAACAUACACCAGUGACGACGAACCCUCCAUUCCAGUCAUGCUUCCAACUUUUAUUCCAGAACCUAAAAUUGGUAAAUUAAAGACAUUGACAAAAUCCGGCAUGCAAAGAUUCGUGACUGAUUCGACAAUUUCACAGAAACGAAAGGUCCACAAGAGCGCGAUUGAGUUCAAUCCGAUGCUCGCAAAGAAACAGAAAUCGCAUAGUACAAAGAGCAAGGUAGCAGCGUCUCCGGUUGUAAGUAUUUGGAGCGGAAAUGUUGACUUGUUGGAGGGAGGGGAGAAUGCCGCUCGUGUAGACAAGGAAGCCCUAAAACACCAAAAGGGCGAAAUUGUCACGGCAAAUGUCUUUACCUCUGGAAACAUCACAUUCACCGGAGCAAGGUCCAUCGAUAGCAUUCAGUUUGCUCUCUCAUUCAUUUACCCAUUUCUCUGUCAAGCCAAAGCCAGGGAUUUAUAA